AUGUCUUGUGAAGAAAACGUAGAAAAAUUUAAGGAACUAGGAUUAAGUGAACAAAAAGCAAAAGAAACUUUAAAAAAUGCCAACGUUUCCAAGUUUUUGCUUGCCGCAUUGAAUGAGGUUACUAUAUCAAAUUUACCAAAUGGCGGUGGUUUGUUGAUAUAUCAUCUGGCUACUAAAAUAAAGCCACAAAUUGCUAAUAAAAUUUCUUUUAUUUGUAAAUAUAUCGCCGAUGGAAAAUUAGAUUCUUCUCUGAGGAUUGAUGCUGCCUUAGAGUAUCUCUUGAGUCAUGUUAGUGAAGAAAAAGUAGAUGUUAAAAAAUUUGAAAAUGCCUGUGGUGUCGGAGUUGUUGUCACACCAGAGCAAGUGGAACAAGCUGUUGAAAAACAUAUGGCAAAAUACAAACAAGAACUACUAGAAAAACGAUAUCGGUUUAACUCUGGUAUCAUCAUGCAGGCAGUUAGAGCUGAUUUAAAAUGGGCUGACGGAAAAGCUAUAAAAAAUGAAGUUGAUGUUCAGAUUUUAGAUUUACUAGGUCCAAAAACAGAAGCUGAUUUAGCACCAGUUCCUAAAGCUGAGAAAAAAUCAAAAGCUGGAGAUGUCAAUAAAAAAAAUCAAAAGGAAGAAGUACCAGCUAAUAAAGUUGAGGCUGCUGAAGUAUGUGGAAAUGUUACUGGAUCUAUAUCAAUGCCAGAAUUGCUGAAAAAGUUACCAUUCCAUACUCCUGGAGAAAAUUAUAAGAGUGAUGGAUAUGUAGUUACUCCCAAUACAAAAAGGCUACUAGAGGAACAUUUAAAAAUAACAUCUGGAAAAGUUAGGACUAGGUUCCCACCAGAACCAAAUGGUAUUCUUCAUAUAGGACAUGCUAAGGCUAUUAAUAUAAAUUUUGGAUAUGCCGCAGCCCACAAUGGAUUGUGCUUUUUAAGAUAUGAUGAUACUAAUCCUGAAAAAGAAGAGGAGAAGUUCUUUGUGGGCAUAAAAGAUAUGGUGGAAUGGCUUGGUUACAAACCAUACAAAAUAACACAUUCAUCUGACUAUUUUGAUCAACUAUAUGAAUGGGCUGUGAAAUUAAUAAAAAAAGACUUAGCAUAUGUCUGUCACCAAAAAUCUGAAGAGAUUAAAGGUUUUAAUCCACCUCCAUCACCAUGGAGAAAUAGGCCUAUUGAAGAAAGUUUGCAAUUAUUUGAGGAUAUGAAAAAUGGCAAAAUUGAUGAAGGCGAGGCAACAUUAAGGAUGAAGAUAACUUUAGAAGAGGGUAAACAAGAUCCAGUGGCUUAUAGAAUCAAAUUCAAGCCCCAUCAUCGCACUGGCAACCGGUGGUGCAUUUACCCAACAUAUGAUUAUACCCACUGUCUCUGUGAUAGUAUUGAACAUAUCACACACUCUCUUUGUACUAAGGAAUUUCAAUCGAGAAGGUCAUCAUACUAUUGGCUUUGCAAUGCUCUUGACAUAUAUUGUCCUGUGCAAUGGGAGUAUGGUAGAUUGAACGUGAACUACACUGUGGUUUCAAAGAGAAAAAUUGGCAAACUUAUUGCAGAAGGAAUAGUAAAUGACUGGGACGACCCCCGGCUGUUCACGCUGACGGCGCUGCGCCGGCGCGGCGUGCCCGCCGCCGCCGUCAACGCGUUCUGCGCCGCGCUCGGCGUGACGGGCGCGGCGGCCGCGCUCGACCCCGCCGCGCUGGACGCGGCCGCGCGCGACGUGCUCAACGGUACUGCCCCCAGAGUAAUGGUUGUCCUUGAACCAUUGAAAAUUACAAUAACCAACUUCCCUGGUGAUAAACCUAUUACUGUGAAAGUUCCUGAUUUUCCAAACGAACCAGAAAAAGGUUCUCAUAGUGUGGUUCUCGAUAGAGUUCUUUAUAUCGAAGCAACAGAUUUCAAAGAGCAACCAGAAAAAGGCUAUCGACGACUAACACCAACUCAAUCUGUGGGGUUACGACAUGCUGGAUACGUUUUAAAGGUAACUAAAGUUAUUAAAGAUAAUUCAGGGCAAGUGAGGGAAUUGGAAUGUACUGCAGAAUCGACCGAAUCUGCAGAAAAACCAAAGGCGUUCGUACACUGGGUCUCCCAACCAAUCUGUGUCGAAGCACGUCUCUAUGAGCCCCUAUUCAAACAUAAGAACCCGGAGGAUCCAGCAGAAGUUCCCAAUGGGUUCCUGUCGGACUGCCGCGAGGACACGCUGAAGGCGGUGAGCGCGCUCGCCGACGCGUCGCUCGCGGGCGCUAAACUGUUCGACAAAUUCCAGUUCGAAAGAAUUGGCUUUUUCUCCGUUGAUCCUGAUACGACAUCCGAUUUAAUGGUCUUUAACAGGACAGUCUCCCUCAAAGAAGACUCUGGAAAG